ACAUCUCACAGCUUCCUGGAGACUUUUAACAGUUUCAAAACUCUCUACAAAAGGGCAUUAAAAAAGGGGGGUGUGGGUUUGGAAUUAGCAGCCUACAAGAAAGGGGAUUUCUACAUCAGAACUACUGCUCCCCUCAACUCCUCCAUCAGUUUUCUACCCCUCAUUUCACUUUCCUAAGAAACUUUUUUCCCCCCGGAAGAUCAGAGCGAGGCGAGGCUGGUCGGCGGAGGCAGUUGCGGCGGACCCAGCGACUACAGCUGCAGUGCACGGGGAGGGAGCUGCUCCGUUCACCCCGUCUGCCGGACUUUGUGAUUCGCUCAUUAUUAUUUUUUUGCAAAUCUCUCCCUUUGCCCACUCCCUCCCUCCCCCACCCCGAUACUAUUAGUUUCGAUACCGAUUCUAGAAUGACGUCUCUAACCGGGACAGUACCGCGGAUGAUGCGCCCGAGUCCAAGUCAGAACUACAGCAGGGCCGGAUUCCCUUUAGAAGUGUCGACGCCUCUGGGUCAGGGGAGAGUUAACCAGCUGGGCGGAGUGUUUAUAAACGGCAGACCCCUACCGAACCAUAUUCGACAUAAAAUUGUGGAAAUGGCCCAUCACGGUAUCCGGCCCUGUGUUAUUUCCAGGCAGUUGCGAGUCUCUCACGGCUGCGUUUCCAAAAUCUUGUGCCGCUAUCAAGAGACUGGCUCUAUCCGGCCCGGGGCUAUUGGAGGCAGCAAGCCCAGGCAGGUAGCAACGCCUGAUGUAGAGAAAAAGAUCGAGGAAUACAAGAGAGAAAACCCGGGGAUGUUUAGUUGGGAGAUCAGGGACAAGCUGCUCAAAGACGGGAUUUGCGACAGGAGCACUGUACCUUCAGUGAGUUCCAUCAGUCGGGUGUUAAGAGCCAAGUUUGGAAAGAGAGAUGAUGACGAAGAAAUGGAGAAGAAAGAGGAAGAAGGGGGCAGAAAGACUAAACAUAGUAUUGAUGGAAUCCUCGGGGAGAAAGGUAACCGUCUGGACGAUGGGACCUCGGACGUGGAAUCCGAGCCGGACCUCCCCCUGAAACGGAAGCAGCGCCGCAGCCGCACCACCUUCACCGCCGAGCAGCUGGAGGAGUUGGAAAAAGCCUUCGAGAGGACCCACUACCCAGACAUCUACACCCGGGAGGAGCUGGCCCAGAGGACUAAGCUCACGGAGGCACGGGUCCAGGUGUGGUUCAGUAAUCGCCGUGCCCGGUGGCGUAAGCAGGCUGGAGCCAAUCAGCUGGCAGCUUUCAACCACCUGUUACCAGGAGGUUUUGCACCCACUGGAAUGCCAACCCUGCCCCCAUAUCAGUUGCCUGAGUCAUCAUACCCAUCAACUACCCUCUCCCAAGAUGGAGGGAGCACCGUCCACAGACCACAGCCUCUGCCGCCCUCGUCCAUGCAUCAGAGCGGCCUGGCAGCUGCGGCCGAGAGUGCCUCCUAUGGCCUAGCAUCCAAUCGGCAUGGCUUCUCCAGCUACCCCGACAGCUUCAUGAACCCGACAGGACCCAACAACUCCAUGAACCAGGUCAGCAAUGGACUCUCUCCACAGGUGAUGAGCAUCCUGAGUAACCCCGGAGCGGUCUCCACUCAGCCGCAACAUGACUUCUCCAUCUCCCCCCUGCACGGGAGCCUGGACACCUCAAACCCGCUGUCCGCCAGCUGCAGCCAGCGGUCCGACUCCAUCAAGGCCGUGGAGAGCCUGCCCACCUCUCAGUCCUACUGCACGCCCGCCUACAGCACAUCUGGAUACAGCAUGGACCCUGUGCCUGGCUACCAGUACGCUCAGUACGGACAGAGUGCGGUGGACUAUUUGACCAAGAACGUGAGCCUGUCCACACAGAGGCGGAUGAAGCUGAGCGAGCACUCUGCUGUCCUGGGGUUACUGCAGGUCGAGACGGGGCAAGCUUACUGAGGACGCCCUGGGUCCGCGCAACCUCACCGAGCACACACACAGAGCAAGCUGAGAGAAACCGUCGCCGGGCGUGCGGGUGACGAUCUCUGAGACACUGUGGGGCAAUUCUAGAGACCUCGACCUCCGCUCUCGAUCCUCAGCGCUCUCCGACCCACCAAACACGUAUCUCCAGUCAUGGCCACCGUGCCGAAGCCCGAUGCUCACUGUCUAGAAUUGCCCCCCUCCCCAAAAAAAAACUGUUUGUAAGAGUGUAUUCUUUUUAUUGCUGUUCAAAUUGCAUCCACCCCGCCCGCCACAGACUGAUCCCAUGGAGGCAGCGAGUGCCGUGGCCCGUUCACCCACCCCAGCACCAGCUCCAACGGCGGCGGCGUGGACACGGGCUGUGCACUGAGAGCAGGGCAAGGAGGCAAGCUCGCAUCCCAGAGCUGGACACUUUGAUGAGUCUGGUCCAACCCGCUUCUCUCGCCAACAGAAACUCUCAACCUCGAGCCUUGAUUCGGUGUGGAAAGGGCGAGGGCUGCUCCUGUUCCUGCACCGGCUUCACCCACUCCGGCAGCGACCGCUGGAGGGGACGGAAGGAUGGGAUGGCUCAGAUCCUUAAA